AUGGCCAACAACGAUCUCUUCUCAUCCCUAAUCUCCGACAUCAAAUCCUACUCCGGCAAAGACCCUCUUCUCCCUUGGCUAAGAGGGAUCCGGAAGCUUCAAGACUCACUCCCGCAGAAGGUUCUAGAAGAAAAGCUCCCCCGGUUCUUGCAGAAAUGCGCCCAGACCUUCCAGUACGACGAGCGCUACCGGAACGAAGCCCGGUACCUCCGAGUCUGGUUGAAGCUGAUGGAUUUUGUGGAGGAUCCGAGAGAGCUUUUGAGGACGAUGGAGGCGAAUCAGAUCGGGACGAAGCACCCUAUGUUCUACCAGGCGUAUGCUCUUUACUAUGAGAAGAAAAAGAGGUUUGAGGAGGGUGAGAAAAUGUACCAUUUGGGGGUGCAGAACCAUGCUGAUCCCAUUGAAGAAUUAGAGAAAGCAUAUGAGCAGUUCCUGCAGCGCAUGGAGAGACACAGGAAAUGGAAACACCAGGAAAAGAGAACCACAAAAAAAGUAUCAGAUAGGAGUAGAGUCUCUCGAAUUAGUGGAGAAAGGAACAUUGAAAAGGAAUGCAGGAUGGGAGAUAGGCCUAGAGAAACCCGGCAUGAUGGAACUAGAAGUAGGCAUCAAGUGACUGCUGGAGGGGUGUCAGAUGAACGGAGUAUGUGCAGCGACGAUACAGUAUUGGGGAAGUUUGUAGGCACUGCCAUUGUUGGAAAAUCUGAAGCAGAAGAUGCUUGUCACCAUGGACUGGUGGAUCCUACUAUAAACAUGAAAGAGGCCAUGAGUGCCAUAAAUAGUAUGUUUCGAGAGCCUUUAGAGAUGGCUCCGGUUAGAAGAGGGUCACGCCAAUCUCAACAAAAGGAGAACAAUACAAACAAUGGAUUCCAGGUGUUUGUUGAUGAAAACUUGGAAAAGGGAGGCAAAUCAAAAGAUAAAGGUGUGGUGCAGCAAAGUAGAGAACCUUUGAACAUUUUCAUUGAUGAUGAUCAAGAUUGCCUCGAGCAGAGUGAAGUUCAGAAUAAGAGAGAAGAUUCUUCCCCAUCUGCUUCACAUGAAAAUGCUUUUGUGUUUCUAAAUCCGAAAGAUGUUCCGAGUGAAAGUCCUAAUGGUGAAGGUUCAUCUAGACCAAGAUUUAGAGAGGAUACAAUGAUGGUUCGUAGGAUUGUUGGGACCACCAUUUCAGAGGACCCGCAGGUGGAAAACGCUUGCCACCAUGGCUUAGUUGAACCAACUAUCAACUUAAAGGAGGCCAUGGAUGAUAUCAACAACAUGUUUGGCAAGCCAAUAGAUUUCGUAAGAAGCAGAAGAGUUAGAAGGCAGGACAAAGUACCAGAGAAGAAACAAGAUCUUGGCGGGUUUUGUAUACUUCCUGAUGAUGAAGACGAUAGCGGUGAUGAUAACUUGGAACAACAACAAGUGCAGAAAAUGAAAGAUCUACCUGGAAAAUCAAAAGAUUCUGAUCUGUUUGAGACUACUGUUUUCACAAAGCAGGCCAUGGAUGAUAUCAAUAAGAUGUUUGGAAUGCCACUGACUUUAGUCACAUUUCAACUGCAAUCUCCCUUGUACUUGAAAUUUGGUAUUCUCAAUGCAAACAAAUUGUUCAUUUCUUUCUGUUUCUGUGUGUUUGUGCUUUCUAGACCAGUUCUGUCCCUCAUCUAA